AUGAAAUUUAUGCAUUGGUCGCUUGUGGCGUCUGCUCUGCUUCAAAGCGCAGCAGCAGCACCACAAGACACUGGGAAGGACGCUGGCGCGACCCAAGAAAUGGGCCAUAUUGUGGUUCUCAAGCAAGGCUUAAAAGAUGAGCAUCUUGAUAAGCAUCUUGACUGGGUCAAUGAAAUACACAAGGGCAGCCUAAACAGCAGGGACGGCGGCAAUGGCCAAGAAAAGGGUGUUAAACAUACCUAUCGCUCAGAAUCUAUUGGUUUUCACGGCUACUCGGGCAAAUUCUCAGACGAAGUGCUCAAGCAGAUUAAAGACCACGAGCACGUUGACUUUGUGGAAGAGGAUAAAAGGAAUACCCUUGAGAUUGAUAAACGAGAGGAAGUCCAGGGCGACAAGCCAGACAAGGUCGACACUCCCCCUGAAAGUGUGGGCAACCAGAAUAAAAACAAUGGCGUUGGCCUCUUGACUAGAGGACAAGGUUAUAAUACUUUCCUGGAAAAGGGAAGAAUUGUUGACGCCGUCAUCUGGCCUGAAAACAAGAAGAGAGCCGAGGCAGAUGCACCGGCUGCAGGAGCCGGCAAUGACGCGGCUCAAAAUGAGAUUGUUUUCGACUUUACGCCUCCCACCACCGACGUCGGCGACUUUGAGGGUGUCGAUGCGGCAGAGUACUUUAAGACCCCCAAGCCCGACGAGGUUAAAAACCGUAUUAUUGAAGGAUUGAAAAAGUUGAAGGAGGAGAGAAAGAAGCAGAGAGAGGAAAAGAAGAAGCUGCUUGAGUCCAACAACCUGCAGUCUCGCGCCGACGACCCAAACUGCCCAGGCACUCUACGCAAGGAGUAUAAGUUUGUCGAAGACUACAACACGUACCUGCAGACUGUCGGCGUUAGCGGUAGCGCCGCUAUCUCGGGUUGGGGCCAGAGUGCUUCUGUCCAUGGUAACUACCUGAACCAGGCCAAGCUCAAUAAGAACAGCUUAACAUAUGUGGCUGUUAUCAAUGUUGAGAGACAGUUGAGUCAACCUGGCGGAUUCCAGUUUAACACGGCGAGAUAUAAGCCCGGAAGAUUUGCCAAGGACUUUGGAGACCGCUGGAUUCAUGGCUUUAAGACUGGCGGCAAGAUGGUUGCUCGAGUCACGUUUACUUUCAAGGAUGACACAAAAGCAACGGACGUGAAAGCACAUGCCGAGGCUGCGUUGAGCUUCUGGGGUGUUAAGGGUGACUUGAGCGUCGACGUUAAAAAGGGCAUGGAAGAAGUCAACAAGCACACCAAUGUUGAUGUGUCCCUCAUCUAUGAGGGCGAGUUGGCUAUCUUUAUGGACGAUAAGGAAGGGUCCCCCAAAAGCAUUUCGUUUGGAUCUGCAGAAGCAGUGCUUAGCCAGGUCAAGUCGUGGGCCGACAAGUUUGAGAGCUAUGCCUGCAAGCACGACUAUGCAUACGGUCCCCUACUGGAUGAAUACGACGUGGUCCCAGGCUUCAGUGACCUGGAAGACAGCCCGGAGGCUCCUGAUUAUGACAUUGCGCGUCUCUAUGCUCUUGAGAUUCUGGCCCUCAUGGUCAAGAUUGACGAGCAGAAGAAUAUCCUAUCCUCUGCCAAGGACCUCGACGACAAAAAGAAGCGUGAAGUCUCGGCUGCCGCCAUCAAGAUGGUCAGCGCAGGCAAGAAAUGGGUCAAAACGGCUGAGCAAGAUCCGGGCAAGGCUGAAGAACAGGCCGAGGAACUCAUGAAUAAUCUUAGCGCCAACUUCAUCGACAAGUACAAGGGAGACGUGGCCAGCGCGCUAAAGGUCACUGACCCAGCCGGCUUUGCGAAAUGCAAGAAGCUUGCGAACGACAAGUUUAGAGAGUGCAACCACACUCAAAAAGACAAUCACGAUGGUCGCGACGUAGUUGAAUUUUGCCACAAGGAAGCCACCGAUGCGCAAAAUCAGUGCAGGGCUGGAACUCUCUAA